AUAUUUCAGUAGCUGAAAUGGUGGAUAAUGCAAUCACAAUGUGCAAUACAGCAGCAUUUCAGCUUUUUUAAACAUUGUGAUAUUUCAGUAGAGGAAUUGAAUCUGAUUGCUUUGGAAACUACCGCUUUCAGUCUGACAGAGUUCGACACUAUCAAUUCUCUUAAUAACAGUAUGUUUAAGAUGGAAGCGUUUUUAAAGAAGCUCAUAAGAAAAGGAAAUCAUCACUGUUCAAUGUUUCUGCAAGGUUUGAGCAUGAAAGGACACUCAUCACUGGUACAAGUGGUAACUUCGAACCAAGAUACAAAUCCUGAUACAAGAAUGACAAGGGGAGUUUAUCAAUUUUUGACAAGGGAAUUCAUCAUAAAUCAUCUUGAAUUUGUUUGUCAAAAUUUACAAGUCACUUUGACAUUAGACAUGCUUUUCGAGCACUACAUCAUUACUAUCGAUGAACACGACCUUGUACAAGAAAAAGAAUCAAAGCCAAGCAAACGGCAAGAACUGAUGAGGAUAUUAUUAGACCGACCAGAAACAACUUGGAUUUCAGGCUUUUUAUCGGUGCUUAGAUUGACUGAACAUGACAGGAUGCUAGAGCAGUUACAGAAUUUAUCAACAAUUGGUCGAGUUAUAGGUAAUCAAAGGUCAAUAACCAUAUCACUAGGCAGCACUAUUCCUGAUGAACCAACCGAUUUUGUCGCCUGUCUUGGCGGUUCGUUACACGACGUUUUAAACGGAACAGAUGCAGCUGUAAUAGAGGACGCACUGGACGCUGGUUUAAUUGACAUUUGGGAAGGAUCCAUUUACCUCCAUUUGAGUUCUUUUUCCCAAGAUCUCAUAAUGUCAAUCUUAAAUGGUGAUAGUAACAAACUACGUGUGUUCCUUGCGCGAUUGUUGCAGGGAAACAAGAAACUACUGAACUAUUUUGUUGGGCAAGGAACUUUACAUUUCCGUAUACAAGAGCUUCAAAAUAAUGAAUUCCUCGGUUCAUCGCAUGGGAAGAAGCCAAGAAAUCAAAGAGCAAUUACCAAUCGAGAUAUUUGCCUAGAUUGUUAUCGGUCAACAUUGAGAAAUGCAUUCAACUACAGGGUUGUACUUGAUGAAAUUGAAGAUGACAUAAUCAACGAAACUUUGCGCAAAGUAGAAAAGAUCUCGAAAGGGCAUGUGUUCAAGAAAAUCAUUUUUAGCAAUAAAACACGAAGCGAAAACGCUGUCAACUUUAUGCAACAUGUCUUAUAUAACGAAGAUGUCUUAGAGCAAUUCCAGAAAGUAUUUGCAUACAUGUCACAGAUUGAGUUGAAGCCUUUCAAAUGUCGAAAAUGUUCAACUGGUUAUUCUUGGCCUGUUUUGAAGAUGCCACGAGAAAGAACAUUUCUUUUCAAUGUUGAACUGGAUGAUCUGGGCGAAGUUAAAAUAUCAGACAUAACAAGCGGGUUGAAAUGCCCUACAGUAGUGCUGAGUCCGAUGAUUGGUUCUGCAGGAAACAGGAGAAUGAUUCGAGCAAUGUCAUUGAUUGACAUAUCUGCAUUUGAAGAUGUAGAAGAAUACCGCAUUGUUGUAAUGGGCGACACAAAAUGUAGAACAGACUUUUACAGAACGGCGAAAAGUUUGUACAGGAAGAUGUUUAAAUUCUACCAACUACCAAGCUUCCGUAAAAAAAUAAUAGAUGAAAAAGAAAAGAAGAAAAUAGCUGACUGCAUUGCACGCGCAUCACCAGGACCACAUGCGUUUGUCAUGUUUACAGAGUCAUAUGACCAUUUAGAAAUACAGUCAACAAUGGCUCCAUACAUCAAAUAUUUUGGCCCUGAUAUUGUUCAGUUUUUGAUACUGGUGUUCACAACAGAGAGUCAUUUCGUCAACUAUCCCGUAGAAAUGGUUGAAGAUUUUAUCUCCAGCACGGUGCCGUUACAGACUAUACUUAAACAAUGCGGCGGUCGAUACCUAGUAUUCCAUACACAUUCCGAGGACGAGAGCAAAUGUGUUCAGGUAAAACGUUUAACAAAGCUUAUUAAACAAGUGCACGUUGAGAAAGCAAGAGAAUAUUAUAGUAGCGAAAUAUUUGAAAAAUCGGAAGAGGCAGUUAAAAGUACAACGGAUAUGGUUAAAAUUGAAACAAAAUCCGAAAUAAAACGCCUUGAAGAUAAGGUGUCAUUACUCAAAAUUGAAAAUCCUAGAGAAAAAGCAGCAAAAAAACUGCAAUCUCAGAAAUCUUUUAUCGAUUUAGUGUGUCAUGAUGAUGAUGUCGUCGGGUAGAUUCAAGUUUUCACCCAGGUAGUUUGAAGGAAAAUGUUGCUAUAAAAAGACUAUUUCAAAAAAUCAACAACAUUAUAAGAUGUAUAAUUCAUUUUCUAUAUGAUCUCACAGUUUUAUAGAGUAGAUAGCUCUGACAUCUUUUCCGAUUUGAAUAAAAUAAAAAUGAAUAAUUUUCUCUGACGAGAGCGCAGAUUGCAUUUUUAAAUUGAUAGAACCUGUAGUAUGUGAGUACAAUGAAAUGACUUCUGAUGCCAUCAACGGUAUUAACAAACAGUGAUAGAAAUAGAGAAACUCUUGCGUAAACUGUCGACAAAUAAAAAUGUUUUUCUCAAUUCUGUCUACAUGACCUAAUUGAAACAAUUAAUGUUUAAUUCUGAACACAAAGAAACCAGCAAGUACACAACUUUUUUUUUAAAUGAAAACAAAUAUUCCAGAUACAUAUAAAUAUGAACAGCAAGUCAUUUAGUUUUAAAUAUUGCAUCAAUUGCGUAUAUACCAAACAUAUUAUAUAUGCCAGGAUGGUAAUUUGCCCUAAGAUAAAAUGAUAACUUAAGGUAAUAUAUGUAUUCCAGUUGAUUAGCUAUGUUUUCAUCCUGACCGUUUUUGUAAAUACUGUUCCAAUUGCAAAUUUCUGUUGAGAUGUAAUUUGACCUGUCAAAAAGAAAAAAAAUCGAAUCAUUUUAACAUUGCAACUAGCAGUCAUGUACUAAUAUAAGUGAAUAAUUUUAACAUUGCAACUAGCAGUCAUGUACUAAUAUAUAGGAAUCAUUUAUAAUUAACUUAGAAAAUACUCGGAGAGUUGUUUAACUAAUUAAAUAUCAUUGUCCUGUUUUUCACAAAGUGCCUCUAAUGAACUAUUUCCGGGCGUGUUUAUUUUUUCAUUAAUAAACAAAUUAGCCUCAUAAAAUUUGCUCGCAUUAGAACAUGAGUUGGUUUGUUUUAUCACCUUUUAUCACUGUAUACAUAUAUUAUGUUGAUUGUUGUUGAUGCAUGUAUCAAUAUAGACUAAUAAAUUAAUUUAUUAGCAAUGGAAAUAAACUCAUCAUAGAUAGCAAGACUAAAUUUGUAUAUACGCUAGACGCGCGUUUCGUCUACAAAAGACUCAUCAGUGACGCUCGAAUCCCAAAAAAGGUUAAACAUUUAAGUACGAAGUUGAAGAGCUUUGAGGACCAAAAUUCCUAACAGUUUUGCCAAAUAUAGCUUAGGUUAUCUGUGCCUGAAGUAGAACAUGCUAAGUAUUUCAAAAAUUCUAAAUUUUGUAAAAAACAGUUCAUUUAUAAAUAUAUAUCAAUGAUAAUUCAUGUCAGCACAACAGUGCAGUUUAACUAAAACAAUGUUUUAUGCGCUUUAUAUAUGAAUGUCAUCUUCCAAUGAGCUCAAACCAACUCCGUAAAGGACACCAUUGCUUGUAUCAAAAUAUAUUCAGGAAUAUUUACAGUUCUGAUAGCAUUAUAGCAUAGCAAAAAUAUAUAAUAAGAUACAAAACAAGUUAUUUAUAUGUAAUAAAGUGUUGAAAAUGUUCGUUUUUUUUUGUUGCUGAAAUUAAAGAAAUAUAUUUAAA